UGUUUCCCCGGCGAGGAUCUGGCCUCCCCCGCAGUGUUCAGUCCCGGAGCCGCGGAUGGAGUCGCGAUGGCUCCUUUCCCCGACGAGGUGGAUGUUUUUACCGGGCCACACUGGCGCAUGAAGCAGCUGGUGGAGCUCUACAGCGAGAAGCUUUCCAAGACCAACUUCUCCAACAACAGGGAUUUCCGCUCGUUCCUGCAGUCGCUCCUCGCCACCUUUAAGGAGUUCAAGAUGCACGAGCAGAUCGAGAACAAAUGCAUCAUCGAGCUCCUGCAGGAACGCAGUCAGAUGGUCUAUCAUGUCCACGCCGACAAUAAGCUCUCCGAGAUGCUGUCGCUGUUUGAGAAGGGGCUGCGCAGCGUCAAGAGCGAGUACGAGCAGCUGAAUUACGCGCAGCAGCUGAAGGAGAGGCUGGAGGCGUUCACUCAGGACUUCCUUCCUCAUAUGAAAGAGGAAGAGGAGGUGUAUCAGCCCAUGCUGAUGGAGUACUUCACGUACGAGGAGCUGAAGGCCAUCAAGCGUCAGGUGAUGCUGCAACACUCCAAUAACCCGUCCUGGAGCGCCGCCGCCGCCGACGUGCUGAAGGGCCUGAACCUCUGGAGCCAAGCUGAGGAGCUGCACAAGGCCUUCAAAUACUCCGACCACGAGAAGACCGAAGACGAGCGGGGCAGCGAGCGCGGGUCCAUCUCGGCUCUGCCGCAGGAGCUGCUCCUCAAGGUGUUCCGCUUCCUGGGUCCGCUGGAUCUGUGUCGCUGUGGCCAGGUGUGCAACAUCUGGGCUCAGGUGUCCAGGACCGGCUCGCUGUGGAGACACCUGUACCCCGUACGCUGGGCCAGAGGGGACUAUUACUGUGGUCCUCCGGGCGAGUUGGACCAGGAGCCGGAUGAUGAUUGGGUGAAGAGUCUCCAGGACGAGGGACGAGCCUAUCAGGAGUGGGACGAGGACGCAGACGUGGACGAAUCAGAGGAGGCGAGUGAAGGGUCUCCAGCCAUUAAUGCGGUUCAGAGAGAGAAGACUCUUCUCGACGGGAUGAUCCAGAAGCUUCUGCCUGUCGUCGGCUCAUCCGUUCGUUCGCUCGGCCUGGCCUACAGCUCCACCGUCUCCAGCAAGAUGGUGCGACAGAUCCUCAGUUUGUGCCCAAACCUGACACACCUGGACCUCACGCAGACUGACGUCUCUGACUCCGCCUUUCACAGCUGGGCGGAGUUCGGGGUGUGUCAUACUCUAGAGCAUCUGGAUCUGUCGGGUUGCGACAAAAUCACCGACCGCACGCUGAAGAUUCUCUCACUGGGAUUGGGCGACUUAACAGCGUCCAAUCCGGAUCGCAGAGCCAAACUGCUGAAAGCCUCGCCCUCUCCCAUCAAACUACAAGAUGAGCACUCCCUUCAGCCAAUAGGACGCAGCUGCCAGGAUCUCAUAUUCAAGCGGAGACCUGGUGGGCGUGGCUCAGGCUGUGGCCCCGCCCACGUGUGGGUUCUUGAUCCGGCGAAACUAGCCGACAUCGAGGACGCCGCCGACUGGAGCAAACCAGGGGGCGUGUCUACACAGGAAAGUGGGCGUGGUCACAUUUUGGAGUCGCAGGGAGGCGGCGGCUCAUGCUGUUGUAGGAGGAGCCGGAGGCGGAGCUUCAGGACUGGUAUAAGCUCCUCCCACUGGCAGUAUGGCUCAAUGGGUGACGCCCACUGUGGUCACUCCAGCUGUUGCACAUCAGAUGUGUCGCUCUGGACUGUGAGAGAAACGCACUGUGACCUCCAGGCCAAAGGGGGCAGUGUUGAUUUUCGGACUAAAUGCUCGUUUGAGGGUGAAUCUUGCCCUGAUCGUCACAACAGGACUGACCAAUCAGGAGCCUUUCGAACACUCCGGUUCCUCAGCCUGUCGGGAUGCUAUCAGAUCACGGAUCUCGGCCUGAGGUGUCUGUCUCAGCGUGGAGGACUCCCUCUGCUGGAGCAUCUGAAUCUGUCGGGCUGCCUGCUCAUCACGGGGGCGGGGCUUCAGGAGCUGGUGUCCGCUUGCCCCGCCCUCAACACACAGCACUUCUACUACUGCGACAACAUUAACGGUCCUCACGCAGACACGGCCAGCGGAUGCCAGAACCUGCAGUGUGGCUUCAGGGCUUGCUGUCGAUCCGGAGAGUGAUGCUCUUCAUCCCCCUUCCCGUCUCUCUCCUCGGCUCCCGGUCCCAUCCCUCAUCAUCCACGUGCACUUUAAGCCGGAAAUUGCUUCAAGAUGCUCUUCGACGCAGUUCGGUUUCACUAAAAUCAAAUAAAGUGAAAUUCUGCUUUGUAAACC